UGCGCGUUUAUAUGCGCGCACAGCACUCCGACGCAGCCGAGCGUUCCUCCUAGUGCGGUGCGACCGGCUUUGUGUGUUCCUAGCCCGAUUUCUGUGUAAGUGCCGUUCGUUUUUAAGCAGAGCCAACUUUUUACCCGGAUUACGUUCGCCAAAGCGAUUUUAUCACACACGUUUCUCACGUUUUGGACCGUCUGCAUCGCGCGAAUUGGAUAAUUUUACUACUCGCUAAUUGUUUUACACAAGACUGAAAAGAAGAGUAUAAGCAUGGGCGCAAAGCAGUCAAAGCGGUCGGUGGAUAUUACGACGACGCCGAAGAAGGGCGAGGCUGAGUCGCCGGUCGAGGGCGAGGGCAAGGUGGAGAAGAUUGCCGAUUUGGACGCCAAGCUGGAAGCCAAGGUCACCACCAACGGGUCUGUCAAUCAUGCGGAAAUCGAAUACGCUGACAAAGAGGAGACCGACAAGGAGGCCGACGGCGACGACAAGGAGAAGGAGAAAGGCGACGCGAUGAAGGUCAACGGUGACGCGUCCGACAACGAGGGCAAGCAGCCCGAAACGCCGGAAGCCGAGCGCGUGACGAACGAAACUUCCGAGCUGAACGAGAAGAACAUCGAGAAGAGCACCGAGAAGUCCGAGGAGGCGAUCGAGGAGAAGACGGACGAGAAAAUCGAGGAGUCGCUCGAGAAGGAAAAGAAAAAGAAGGAGAAGAAGAAGAAGUGGUCCUUCCGCUCCAUCUCGUUCUCGAAAAAGGAUAAGUCCAAGCCGAACAAGGACGGCGACAAGAACGGACACGUCAAGGAGGAGGAGGAGAAUGCUGCAUCACCCACUGCUGAAAGCCCGAAAGCUGAGGAUAAGCCUGUCGAUGUGAAGGAAGAGGCGAAAAUCGAGGAGAAGCCUGCUGAGGAAGCCGCCACUGCUGUGACAAAUGGCGAGGCAGUUCCCGAGGAGGUCACAAAGACCGAAGCGCCUGCACCUGUCGCUGCCGAGGCGCCUAAAGAAGAACCCCAACCAACUCCUGUCGUUGAGGAAACCCCCACUGUAGUAGCGGAUCCCCCUGCUGCUCCCAGCAACAACGAGGUAUCCGAACCUGUUAAGCCCGUGGUCGAGGAACCGACCAAAGAGGUGCGUAGUGAGGAAGUCCCUCCGCCUUUGCCGUCCUCGAACCCUCCAAACCCUAUUACGGUAUUCGCCGAGUCCACAAAAGCCGACGCCGUCCCCGUUCCUGAAGCGGCGGAGAUUGCUCCCGAACCAGUCAAAGAGCCAGAACAGCCUAAAGUACCCGAACCAGAAGCAGUGAAAGAACCAGAAGCACCUAAAGAACCCGAACCACAGCCGGAGGUUGUGCCUGAGCCGGUUGUGGAGGCGGUCAAAGAACCGGAAGUAGUUCCUGAAACAGUUCCUGAACCUCCUAAACAAGAAGAAACUCCAAAGGAGCCGGAAGCACCGGCGCCCGAACCCACACCCGAGCCAGUAAAGGAACCCGAAUGUCCAGCGCCGGAGACGCCCAAAGAACCCGAACAACCGGCGGCAACGCCACCUACCGAAGUUCCUGCUCCCGCAGCGCCUGAAACUAAAGAAUCGCUUCCAGAGCCGCCCGCGGACGAACCCACGUCGCUUCCUGAUCCCAUCUCCGAACCAGUUGCUAAUGCCGAUUCCAUUCCCGACAUUUCCACCGAGUCAUUGCCCUCGCUGCCGGAACCCGUUUCCGAGACGUUGCCCGAAACCAUGUCACUGCCACCUCUUGAAUCUGUACCGGUGCCACUCGCGGAAGCGCUUCCCGAACCGCCGUCCGAGCUUCCGCAAGACUCUGCGCCGAAAUCUCCCGAAAAAGAACCCGCCAUGACCAACGGCAAAACAAACGGACAUAUUUCGCCCGUCGAGGAGUACGUCAACGGCGACGCCACGACGCAGCCUGCGGUUGACGAACCUCUGAAACAGGUCAAGAAACCAGCCGAUGUGAUCUCGGAAGAGCAGCAACAGACUGAGGAGAGGAUAGAAGCCGCCGCCGAAGUAAAGAAGGCGGAGACACCAGUGGAGGCGACACCAGUGGCGGCCGAGGAAUAAGCGGACGAUCGAGCGAAUUCUACAAAGAUCAAUUAAAACGUUUUUAUAACUGCUUACAUUGCGGAAGAAAAUCAACAUUCAUUUCGAAUACACAACAUGUGGUCGUCGUAAACGUGCAAACAAAAGAACAAAAAAGAAUGAAAAGACAACAAACAGUGGCAGUGCAAACUAGCGUCAAGCUGCAGCCGCACUUGGGGCCCGACCAAAUCAUAGAUAUUCGCCAAUUAUCUACGGACACGCGAAGCGAUCUACUUGUCAUCAUGCGCACAAAAUAAUCGACACUGCGAUGGUCCACGCGAGAACAACAACCCGAUAGUUUUUAUCUAGGAUUUUACAAGAAACGCAAAAAUACUCGUCUUUUACUAAAAUAAGGCAUUUUAUAUGCAUUAUACUGUAUGUCUUUUUAAUAAUACUAAUUAUUAAUAUUACUAAUUAAAACUAUACACAUUAGAAAUGAGAAAUCGUCAUCGUAACAAUAUACACGACAACCAACAACCUAAGGAAUAACGAAUUGCUCGCGCGUCCACCCGUUGGAUAUUUGCAACGGUGGCCGCGAGUUUUGGAUACAUUUUCGAACUUUUGUACGAUGAAACUUAAACAAAUGAAAACAAACUAAAAACUAUUGAACGAAACGCAGUUUUGAUGAAGCGGAAAUUUUGUAAAAAUGUAAUAUUACUGAUAUAAUGAUAACGACAAGUAUGCAUAUUGUUUCAAUUCUGUAUUGUCGAUCGUACGCGCUUUGCGUCUUUUAUGGUUUGCGCAGUCUGCACAAGUGUAAUCAAACUGAUAAUGAUCUUAAUUAUACACGAACACGCUUUUUUACUUGGAUCGUUUGUCUCGGAUUUUAUAUAUUUUUGUAUUAAGUUUAGAAAUUUCACAUCAUCGUGGUGCGCUAGAGAAUGAUAAUAAAGGGAAAAUUGGACGAACAAAAAAAAAUGAUACACGAAAAAUUCCGAUACGGGAGCAAGCGACAGGUGGACGGAGACUCGACGAAUCUAAAAUAUAUAAAUAGUAGAUUAGUUCUUACAUAUCUAUCUAUCUGUAGUUUGUAUAUCUAAAAGUGUAUUAUAAAAGUUAUAAUCGUUUCUUGAACACUUGAAAAGUGCAUUUUAUUGGUUGUACUUUUAAAAUACGUUUUACAUAAUAUUAUAAUAAAGAGUAUAUGAAGAACACAGAAAGAAAGCUGCGAGUUGGAAGCGAGGGAUGUGAGAUGUAAGCGUACGUCAGUAAUUUUAUCCAUUUGUCAUAAUCUAAUCAGCGAUAAGUCAUGUCAAAGAAUUUUUAACUUAACAAACACAUACACACACGCGCCGACCAGCCAGCAAACAAACCGAUGAAUAGCAUUCUAUGCCGAAUGGUGAUGAAAAGGAAAAAUGUAUACGUUCGUUCGUUUUUUUGACUGUAAUUUUAAAUUCUAGUAUAAUUUUGAUAAUAACGGCAGUGCAGCUUGAAUGCUUCCGGCGGCGGCGGCGCGACUGGUCGGGCGGGCGCCGCUGGAUCUCAUUCCAAAGCCUUUUUACACUAAACACUAAUAAUGAUAAUGUAUAGUUGGCAAAUUCUAUAUUAAACACGUUCUCUGCAUGUACAUUAUAAUUGAAACAACGAAUGUUAGACGAUGGUAUAUUAGAAUGGCUUUAGCGGGGUAGUUCGAGAAUGGGGAAGGAACGCGAAUGAGUUUUUGAACAUGUUAGUCUAGUUGUAUGUAAGAAACAAGCAAGCAAACAAAUUGAUGCAGCAAGAUCAAGUUGAGGGACAUCUCUGCCAAUGGAAUUUAGUUUUGAAUUUAAUCGAUUUGUAGGACGAUACGGUGAAUUAUCUCGAAACUAUGUUCUGCUGUUGACAACUGCUACACACACAGCUCUUUGAUAUUUCGCAAUUGAACCGAUUGAAACAUGCUAAAUUGAGAGAAGAUGAAAGCAAGCAAAAUGCAUAUUCGAAAGAUUGCACUCGCCAAAUCACUUAGAGUAUCGACUUAUCAAAACGGCUGUGUAUAGAACGAUUUAAAUACUACUAAUAUGUACGUGUGAAUGUGUUUAUAUAAAUAUACAUGAUAUAUAAAGAUA